AAGUGACGUGCACACCGAAACAGAAGAGGUAGAAAACACACGGACAUGCUGUCUGCGCUUUUACGUUUCUUUAAAUGAUUCAGUGUGUUUCGUUUUUCUUCGCUCUCUCUGAGCGCUGGACACCGUGAGCUGCUCCUCGGACACCCUUCUGUCUGUCUGCCUGUCUGCCUGCCUGUCUGACUGUGGUUCAGGCUGUCCAAGUGUGCCUCAUCUGUAAGGUGGACUGUCUGUGCGUCUGUCUGUCUCUUGUCUCCGCGUUGAGCUCCUUUGGAUCAGGGACUGCUGGACUGAAACAUGCUGCUGCCGUGAUUUCACUUCGAUCCUCCGGUGGCUGCUGGGAAACAAAGCGCCUGUCUGUGCUGCUCAGUCUCUGGUCGUUCAGACGUCUGUCUCUGGGGAAAUGUCAGCUGUCAGCGCAGAUCAGAUCCAAACCGUGGAGCAGAACCGAGCCGGAGCCGAGCCGGAGCAGCAGGAGGCCCGGAUUCUGCAGCCGCAGACCGUCUUCGUCAUCUUGGACUCGGCUGAAACACUCAACCUGGUCCGGGUGGAGUCUGGUAUCGUCGCUGACAUCGAGGUUGACACUUUGGUGCCAUCGGACUGCGACACCUUCUACCAGAUCAAGAGUCAGCCAGUCAGCAUCAGUACAUCAGCAGCAACUUCCUCCUCCUCUUCAUCCUCACUGCCAUCAGCCAUGACAUCCAGGGUUUUGAUGCGUCAGGAUUUGAUGCGUCAGCAGGCUCUGGAGGAGGAGCAAAAGGAGGCGCAGCAGCAGCUGCUGCUCCGCUCCUUGGACUCGUCCUCCCCCAUCUCUGUCUCUGUGUCCUCCUCCUGUCGGCCUCCUGCUCAGGUCCCUGUGGAGGUGCUUAAGGUGCAGACUCACCUGGAGAAUCCCACUAGGUAUCACAUCCAGCAGGCUCAGAGGCAGCAGGUGCGUCAAUAUCUGUCCACCACGCAGACCAAGGCAGCCAAUCAGGAGCCAGCUGGCCACUCCCCCCAGCAGGGCUCCGCCUCCAAACCACAGCCUUCAGACAGCAGCCAGAAGAAGGAGAUGGAAGAGACAGUCAUCGAUGACAUCAUCAGCCUGGAAUCUAGCCUGAAUGACGAGUUUCUGACCCUGAUCGACUCUGGACUGCAGCUUGCCAACACGCUGCCGGUGCCAGGGAACAUGCUGGAUGUGUACGGUGGAGGGAUGGCCACACCCACCGUCACCGUUAGCAACAGCUGCCCAGCUGAGCUGCAGGCCAUCAAGAGAGAGCUGAGUGAUGUGGAGGCCAAAGCUCUGAUUAAAGAGAGGCAGAAGAAAGACAACCACAACCUCAUUGAGAGGAGGAGGAGGUUCAACAUCAACGAUCGCAUCAAAGAACUGGGAGAUCUCAUCCCCAAAUCCUCCGACCCGGAGAUGAGGUGGAACAAAGGAACCAUCCUGAAAGCGUCGGUGGAUUACAUCCGCAAACUGCAGAAGGAACAGCAACGAGUCCGAGAGAUGGAGGAGAGACAGAGGAGGCUGGAGAACACCAACCACUCCCUGCUGCUCCGCAUACAGGAGUUGGAGCUUCAGGCUCGCCUCCACACCCUCUCCUCCGCCUCCUCCUCCUCCUCCUCAGUGGACCCCCAGGCUCUACUCUCCCCACAGCCGUCUCAGUCCUUCCCCUCCUCCGCUUCCCCCUCCUCCACCCUAAUGACCCCCUCCCUCGAUCUGGACGCCCUGAGUUUUGUGGAGCUGGACGAGCCUCGUAAAGCCUCCACCGUCUUCUCUCCGGAUCUGAUACCCGACGUGGGGCUGACGGGGCUCCACGGCCUGGGAGACAUCCUGAUGGAGGAGGGGGCAGAGGGGGUGGUGUCCGACCCCCUGCUGUCCUGCGGAGCCUCAAAGACCAGCAGCAGGAGGAGCAGCUUCAGCAUGGACGAGGACCUCUGAUGGCAUCAGCGCACACACACAGGAUCCCAUUGGCCAGAGCUGGACGCAGUUUUUUUAUUUUCAGUUGAACCAUUUUAAGACAUCAUCAGAAAGACAAACAGGGAAACAGCUCUGUCCUGUGGCAUAACCAUGGUAACCACUGUGUUCAGUUGCAGAUGCUGAUUGGCUGAUAAUGAACAAAGCCACAGCUGAUCUGCUGGCAGAGGUCUGGCUGGUCUGAGCUCCAGUCCUCUGCAGGUGAUCAGUUUGAAGUCUUGAACUGAAAUGAUGAUACUGAUUGAACAAGGGCUGAUUUAUUCUCUCAACUCUCGACUCUCGUCCAAAUCUCCAAUAAAAGCGCGAAAACACAUAAUACGCAAUUCAUCGUACUAGAAUUGUGACUCGCUAAUUGAAAUUAUGAGAUACAAAAUUCAAACUUCUGAAUUACUGCCAUAUAAUCUCUGCAAAGUAUUUUGUUCUCCUUGUGUCUUUUAAUAUUACCACAAGGAUUUUUUCAUUCCAAACUUCCUGUCCGUUGUUUUGUCGCCCUGGUUCGUCCUGGUCCCCUGGCCACAAUAAAGGGGGAGUAUGAAAACUAAAGAUGUUCUUUUAGAGAUUUUACCACCCAAACAAACGACCUGUAGAUGAAGCGUCAGAUUUUUAAACGAGACACACAUAAACCCAACAUAAAUCUUCGGUCUCUGAGCUGGAGACUGAGGAGAUGCUUCAGUGGAUGGACUGAUCAGGUCCUUUAUUCACUCCGUUUUAUCUUUUGUUGCUGGUGUUCUGUUCAUUUUGAGCUACAGAGGAAACAGAAGGGAAACUGAGACUCUUUGCACUCAUUUAAUGGACUGUAACUGUGUUUUCUGAUGUUCGUGUUCUGCUGAUCAUUUUCCAAGUCAUCGGUCAGGUUUUAAACUGGUUUCCUUCCUUCACUUGGCAAAGUUUUCUGUAAGUCAUUCAUUUUAAUGUGGUUAAAAUCUCUCCCUGUUGAAGCUUCAUGGUCAGUCAGUUAUCACUGAAAAUCAGAUCACCGUUAGCUGUAGUCUGGAUUGCUCAGGUUUAUUUACUGUUAGCUGUCAUCUCCAAACCCUACAGCCAGUUAGCAUACUGCUAAGUUAGCUCAGUAUUAGCUAGACAGCAGGUUAGCUAGCAGUAACAUCUGUGAAGCUCGUGGUGAGCUGUGGCUCAUUGUUAACUACACAGUGAUUUGAAAGUAAAAGCAAACUAUUAGCUUUAGCUUUAGUCAGUGAGCUCUUUACAGUUCACAGCUAACUGCUAGCUAGCAAGUUGUUAGUUCUUGUUAGCUCCUAAAGCUCCAUGUCAGUUAUGUGAUGCAGCAGCAGCUGGACUCCAGGUCCAACAUGGCUCAUCAGAAAUGAGGAUCAGAUAAAAACUGUUGGUCUGUAAAGGGAUUUCUGUUUGUCUUUUAUUGAUGCUCUGAUUUGUGUCACGUCUGUCAAGAAACUGUCAAGUUUCAUUUUGACUCAUGUUUGUUUUUGUAGGUUCUUUAUGUUCCAGACUUUUAUAUAGAAAUAAAGCCACAUAAGAAACACA